UAAAAAUGUCAUUGAAAAUGGUUAUGAAAGUACAAGUGAUGAUAUCACUUUAUCCAAUUUAGUAAAUAUAUCUACUAUAUCAGCAAGUUCACAAUUGUCUGAUAUUGGUAUAAAUGUUGCUAAAAAUGGUUAUAAAAGUACAAAUAAUGAUAGUCAUAAUGAUAUUGCUUUAUCCAACUCAAUAAGCUUACAACAGUUAGAUAUAGAAAUCAAUCUUAGGCAAUACAAAAUCAACGAACUUUUAGAGAAU